CAAUACAAAUACAAUAUUACAUAUGUACUAUAUCUAGUACGGCAUCCAGGAAAGGAACUUAGAGGGACAGAUGGUGGUAGACUUUGCAAAAAGGAUGCAAAUGGCUCUAGUGAACCCGUUUUUCCAGAAGAGGCAUGAACAUAGGGUGACCUACAAGAGCGGAGGUAGAAGCACGCAGGUGGAUUACAUCUUGUGCAGACGAUGUCAUCUGAAGGAGGUUACCGACUGUCAGGUAGUGGUGGGGGAGAGUGUGGCUAGACAGCAUAGGAUGGUGGUGCGUAAGAUGACUGGUGGUGGGGAGGAAAAUUAGGAAGACAAAGGCAGAGCAGAGAACCAUGUGGUGGAAGCUGAGACAGGACGAGUGUUGUGCAGCUUUUCGGGAAGAGGUGAGACAGGCUCUCGGUGGACAGGAGGAGCUUCCAGAAGACUGGACCGCUACAGCCGAGGUGAUCAGAGAGGCAGGCAGGAGAGUACUUGGUGUAUCUUCUGGUAGGAAAGGAGAGAAGUCGACUUGGUGGUGGAACCUCACAGUGCAGGAAAUCAUACAAGGAAAAAGGUUAGCUAAGAAGAAGUGGGACAUUGAGAGGAACGAGGAGAGGUGAAAGGAAUACAUUGAGAUGCAACACGGGGAAAAGGUAGAGGUGGCAAAGGCCAAACAAGAGGCAUAGGAUGACAUGUAUGGCAGGUGGGACACUAAAGAAGGAGAAAAGGAGCUAUACAGGCUGGCCAAACGGGGGGCUAGAGAUGGAAAGGAUGAGCAACAGGUUAGGGUGAUUAAGGAUCGAGAUGGAAAUUGCUGACUGGUGGCAGCAGUGUGCUCGCUAGAUGGAAAGAAUACUUUGAGGAGUUGAUGAAUGAGGAAAAUGAGAGAGAAGGGAGAGUCGAAGAGGCAAGUGUGGUGGACCAGGAAGUGGAAAUGAUUAGUAUGGGGGAAGUUAGAAAGGCACUAAAGAGGAUGAAAAAUGGAAAGGCAGUUGGUCCUGAUGAUAUUCCUGUGGAGGUAUAGAAGCAUCCAGGAGAGGUGGCUGUGGAGUUUUUGACCAGCUUGUUCAAUAGAAUUCUAGUGGGUGAGAAGAUGCCUUAGGAAUGGAGGAAAAGUGUGCCGGUGCCCAUUUUUAAGAACAAUGGUGAUGUGCACAGCUGUGGGAACUACAGAGGAAUAAAGUUGAUUAGCCACACAAUGACGUUAUGGGAAAGAGUAGUGGAGGCUAGACUCAGGACAGAAGUGAGUAUUUGCGAACAACAGUAUGGUUUCAUGCCUAGAAAGAGUACCACAGAUGCAUUAUUUGCCUCGAGGAUGUUGAUGGAAAAGUACAGAGAAGGUCAGAUGGAGCUACGUUGUGUCUUUGUAGAUCUAGAGAAAGCCUAUGACAGAGUACCCAGAGAGGAACUGUACUGUGUCACAGAGAGUUUAAGGUGGAGGUGGGACUGCAUCAGGGAUCAGCCCUGAGCCCCUUCCUUUUUGCAGUGGUGGUGGAUAGGCUGACAGAUGAGGUUAGACUGGAAUCCCCGUGGACCGUGAUGUUCACAGAUGACAUUGUGAUCUGCAGUGAAAGCAGGGAGCAGGUGGAGGAACAGUUAGAAAGGUGGAGGCAUGGACUGGAAAGCAGAGGAAUGAAGAUUAGCCGAAGUAAGACAGAAUAUAUGUUCAUGAAUUAGGGGGGGAAGGGGGAAGAGUGAGGCUACAGGGAGAAGAGAUAGCAAGGGUGGAGGACUUGAAAUACUUGGGGUCAACUGUCCAGAGCAAUGGGGAGUGUGGUCAGGAAGUGAAGAAACGGGUCCAAGCAGGUUGGAACAGGUGGAGGAAGGUGUCAGGUGUGUUAUGUGACAGAAGAGUCUCUGCUAGGAUGAAGGGCAAAGUUGCUAAAACAGUGUUGAGGCCAGCCAUGAUGUACGGAUUAGAGGCAGUGGGAAUGAAGAGACAACAGGAAGAAGAGCUGCAGGUGGCGGAAAUGAAGAUGUUGAGGUUCGCUCUCGGAGUGACCAGGUUGGAUCAAAUUAGAAAUGAGCUCAUCAGAGGGAGAGCCAAGGUUCGAUGUUUUGGAGACAAAGUUAGAGAGAGCAGACUUGGAUGGUUCGGACACGUCCAGAGGAGAGAGAGUGAGUAUAUCGGUAGAAGGAUGAUGAGGAUGGAGAUGCCAGGCAAGAGAGCGAGAGGAAGACCAAAGAGAAGGUUGAUGGAUGUCGUGAGGGAAGACAUGAGGGCAGUUGUUGUUGGAGAGGAGGAUGCAGGAGAGAGGCGUACAUGGAAAAGGAUUACGCUUUGUGGCGACCCCUGACGGGACAAGCCCAAAGGCAAAGAAGAAGACUAUAUCUAGAUCAAGAAUUUGACAUGAAUGCACUGAAUAUACAAUCAUAGAUCAAUAAAAUAAAUCUAUUAUCAGACGAGAUUUAGCAUCAUAGCUCAAUAAAGUAGAAUCAGAUCAGGUGGAACGUGACCUCUCUGGCAGGGACGAGAUAGCUUGGGCCGUGCCGGCGGUCCGCUCCGGAGUUGCCGAGUUUGCGUCCCUGCACAAGUUGGGUUCACGUUGUCAUGAGGCUCGGACUCCGCCAAAGCUGCCCUUUGUCACUGAUUCUGUUCGGAACUUUUCUGGACUGAAUUUUUCGGCGCGGCCAAGGCGUUGAGGGCAGAGGGGGGAGUAAGUCACAUUUGUGCGAGUCCCAAGUCAUAACCUUCAAGUCUCAAUCAAGCAAAUCCCAAGUCACAACCUUCAAGUCCCAAGUCAUAACCAAGUCUCAAGCAAGUCCCAAGUCACUGCGGGGGAAAAAAAUCAAGUCACAAGUGAAGUCAUACAAUCUUGCUCCAGUCGGAACAUAUAUUGGGCUAGUAAUUAAAUAUUUUCUCAAAAUUUCGGCCGAAGUCCGCUGGAAUGGGCUUCACACCCUGCAACCCUGAAUAGAAUAGGCGGUACUGAGAAUGGAUGGAUGGUUCCAAAACGGGGUUAGGGUUUCAAAUGAGGCUUUCAAAAGAAUUUUAGGGCUUCAAAUUAGGCUUUCAAAACGGGUUUGGGUCAAAAUUUGGUUUUAAAACGAAUUCUGGGCUUUCAAAUGACAGUUUCAAACCAGGAUUAGGGUUUCAAAUUAUUAGUGUUUAAAGUGAGUUUUAGGGUUACAAAUCAGAGUUUCAAAACAGGAUUAGGGUUUAAAAAGAGUUCUAGUGUUCCAAAUUAGGGCUUCAAAACGGGGUUAGGGUUUGAAAUUCAGGUUUCAAUUUAGGGUUUCAAAAGAGCAAUUUAGGGUUUCAAAAGGGGGUUUGGUUUUCAAAAUAGGGUUUAAAAUGUUUUAGGGUUUCAAAACAGGCUUAUGGUAUCAAAAGAGUUCUAGGGUUUGGCCUGGGUGGGGGUGACGGAGGUGGGUCAUUAUUUCCCCGUGAGCGUCGCUUUUACCAUAGAGUGCAGUUUUCUUUGUAGCUUGCUCGCUUUUGCGCUGAUUCGCUAGCUAGCAACCAAUCCGAGUGAUUCAUUGUCACAGUUGGGCCACGGCAUUUUGCGCUGAUGAGCCGAUGACGCGUCAGCCAAUUAGUGCGGCGCGUUCUGACGUAGUGCAAUCGGGAAAGACCGAACUGGCCGUAAAUCUGAUCCACACUGAGAGACGUUGCGCCCUCUUCGGUGUCAAAAGCGUCACUGGCAGCGCAGAAAGUGCUGGCGAGGGGAGGGUUCAAAGGUCAUGGUGAUGUUUGGACACCGCAGGUCACUGAACGACGGUGCGCACACGCACGCACCCGUCAUCUGCUCAGAUCGGCGCUCGGCCCCAAAGAUCCCGAUCGUGUUGAAGCGUCUUUGAACUUCCAAAUGAGAAACGACUCAAUUCCCUGAAACAAAGGAAAGGAAUUUUGGAAAUUGGGGGCGACUGAACUUCUUCAACAAUCUGAUUGGCCAUCCACAGGAUGGGCUCAUUCGAUUGGCUGUUCCUUCUAAGCGCCUUGUCGCUGGCGUCGGGCGCCGCCCCCGAGGACCCGUGCGCCAUCAAAGCCAAAGACGUGGCCCCGCAGCCUCGCUGCGUCUACAGAGUCCCCGAGGGCGACGCCCCCGACGACGCGACGGACGACCGGGCCCCGCGGGCCACCAACCCGCGCGUGUGGGAGCUGUCCGCCGCCAACGCACGCUUCGCGCUGUCGCUGUACCGGCAGGUGGCGCUCGGCCGGACACCCGACACCAACCUGUUCCUGUCCCCCCUAGGCGUGUCCGUCGCCUUCUCCAUGACCAAACUGGCCGCCUGCGGACGCACCCUGGAGGAAAUCGUGAAGGUGUUGGAGUUGGACUCGGUGUCGGAGAAGACGUCGGAUCGGGUGCACUUCUACUUCGCCAGGCUCCUGUGUCGCUUGCGCAGGCGAAAGGACGCUAGCGACCGGCUGCUGGUGGCCAACCGCCUCUUCGGGGACCGGUCUCUGCGCUUGGACGCCGCCUACCAGAACAUCAGCCGGCAUGUCUACGGGGCCGACGUGAUGGCGCUCGACUUUCGGGGCGAGCCGGAAGCGUCCCGCGCCGCCAUCAACGCUUGGGUGGCCAACGAGACCAAAAACCACAUCCGGGAGGCGCUGCCUGCCGGCGCCGUCGGCGCCGACGCAGUCCUGGUGCUGGUCAACAGCAUCUACUUCAAGGGUCGGUGGCUGAACGAGUUCCACCGGGACAACGUGUACCCCGCCCGCUUCCACGUGGACGCGGGGCGUUCGUGUUCCGUGCGGAUGAUGUUCCAGGAGAACAAGUUCCGUUACGCCCGUCUGCCGGAGCGGCGCCUCCAGCUGUUGGAGAUGGAGUACCGCGGCCGCGACGUCGCCCUCACCCUGCUGCUGCCCGACAGAGGCGACACGCUGGCGCAGGUGGAGGCGGAGCUCGACCUUCCCACGCUGAGCGCGUGGUUGGACAAGAUGGCGGAGACGACCGUGUCGGUGCACCUUCCGCGAUUCCGCCUGGAGGAGAGUCUUCGCCUCAAGGAGGCGCUCAACGCGCUCGGACUGCGCCGCGUCUUCAGCCCGCAAAACGCCAGCCUGCCAGGGCUCCUGGCGGACGGCAGCGAAGGCGUGUACAUCAGCGACGCCUUCCACAAGGCCUUCCUGGAGGUGAACGAGCUCGGCAGCGAGGCGUCGGCGUCGUCCGCCGCGGUGGCGUCGGGAAGAUCCAUCGAGUUGGACGCCCAAGUCUUCGUGGCCGAUCGGCCCUUCCUGCUCCUGAUCCGCGAGACCGCGCUGAACGCCGUCCUCUUCGUGGGCCGCGUGGCGCGCCCCUGUCGACCCUGAGGCGCCCCCGGGCGGGCACGCUCUGUAUUACUUCGAAACCAGAAGACAAAACGCUUCACUCGUGUCUUUGAGCAUCAACAGAAAGACGGAAUUCACACUGUCGUCAUCUGAUUCCCCUGAACAUGCCAGCGAGCUACUUUGAUUCGAAUAUUACGAAACCAGAAACUGAAUCGUUGGUGCAAUUUCUGCAGUCAGUUUGAAAUAAUGUCCUGUUUUUCAAUAAAGGGAUCAAAUGAAAAAUGUUA